AUGAAAGCAACAUAUGCCCAUACCAUGCUUUUCGCCUCAACGAUGCAGCUGGCGACAUUAAUAUCAUCAGUAGCGGCACAGAGCGUGAAGGCUUUCAACGAUUCCCUCAGCAACCAUAAUAACUUCAUCGUCGCGAAUGGAUAUGGUCCCGAACGCUGGGGUUGUUCAUUCGUCAAGACCCAAGUGCACCAGUCUGGCGAAGGUACUACAAUCACUAUCGGCAAGGAUUCGCCCACAAAACCCUACUCCUGCGGCGAAUUGAUCUACAGACAGGCCAACAUGAGCUAUGGCACCUACUCGAUCGAAAUGAUCGCCUCCAAAACUGUGGGUCAAGUUACGUCCUUUUUCCUGAUCGCGAACGGGGACACUGAGAUCGACGUCGAACUCACAGGACUGGAUACGAAGCUUGGAUGGAUGAAUGUCUGGCACAACAAUCAGCAGAACCCGGUCUCGGUCGAGUUGCCGUUUGAUGUCUCGACAGACUGGCAUUCGUACUCAUUCGAUUGGUAUAAGGACCACAUUGUCUGGUGGGUCGAUGGAGACAUGGUGCUGAACCGAUCCGACAUCGCGACGACCCCACCAGACAGGGUCAGCUACAAGCUAGCGAUCAAUUCUUGGGCCCAGGUGCAACCUGAGGUCAAUAUUGACUGGGCGGGUAAAUUCAACUACCCACCGGAUGGUGAGGUUCCCAAGGCCCAUUUUAGGAAUAUGAAGUAUAUUCCAAGGGUAUAUGACAGCAAAGGAAACAUUGUUAGUGGCGGAGAUGACAGUAAAAGCAACGGCGCCAAUCUCGGAGGCAACAACAAGAAGAAAUCGAACGCAGAGAUCUCAAAGAGCCCAACUGGUGCAUUGGCCAUCGCCGGCAUAGGCAUGGUGGCAGUUGCCUUUGCCUUCACUAUUCUAUUUUAG